UUUUGCUUCAUCACCGACUUCAAUCUUUGCGUCUCCUUCCUCGUGGUCGAUGUUCUUGUUGCACAGCCGUCAGCCGACUGCUAUUGGUGUCUGUUUUUCAUUGUCCGAUUGAAGGCACAUUCUUUUUCCCGUUUCCCCCCUCUCCCCUCCCAUUUGAGACAUGUCCUCCGUCGUCUCUUCGGCCGUCAACUCUCAGGGUCACAGUGCCCGUCAGUCGGCGCGCCAAACAAGGACAAACCCCUCGCGAACAUCCAAAAAUCUCGGACGCUCUUCCUUUGCAUACGGUCAUUCCUCAAUGGCGGAGGCCUCGACAUCGUCGCCCGUUCCCCAUGGGUUCUAUCCUGCUCUCACGCAUUUUACCGACGCCAUCACAGCCCUCCCCCGAGAGUUUCGACGACACAAUUCACUACUGAAAGAGGUCGAUGCGAAGGCUUGGGCUCUGGAGGAGAAUUUACUCCAGCUCCUGAAGGCAUCGUCGGAGUCGCAGCCGGUUGCUUAUCCUUCUAAUCCUGCGCCCGUCAUCGCUGGGGCUAUUCGUGAUAAUGUCUUAUCUACGGAUCCCUCUCAUACUCCCGAAUCCCAAGAAAGCAAAAACCGCCGUAUCCUCUUCGAUCGUGUCCGACACACCCUCUCCGACCUGAUGAUGACCGCAGACGAGAAGAACCACGUUAUCUCCAAUGCGAACGACGAACUCGACCGCCAGCUUAUGCGACUAGACUCCAUAUUCCCGUUUAUCGCGGGGGAGAUUAGUGAAGAGUCUCGUCUGGGUAGCCUGAGUCACUGGGCGUACUCGAAUCGAAAUGUUCCUAAGCCUCCACCCAACGAGCGUCCGCGCCGUGAAGCCGCCUCGAACAAGGAUCUUGUCCAUGCUCUACAGGAAGCCGAGGCAGCCUCCCGCAGCGAGGCGAGACGGGAAGCGGCACUCGCACGCAGACAACGUCGGGCGCAUGCGGAUUCGGAUCUUGAGGAAGUUCGCGCUGCUGGCGCCCGCAAGGGCCAGGGGAGUAAAUCGCGGGGAGGGGCUGGAGCUGGAGCUGGAGUUGACCAGGCUUCGUUAGGACAUACCCAGGGAGGCACGACUGGCUCGUCUGGCCAGACGAAGCGUCGGAAGGUCGAGAGGCCAGCAGCUGUGGAGGCGGCCGGAACACCUAUGGAACGGUCUGCUAGCGGUGCCGGAAGCUCUGCGCGAGCUGCAUCCAAAGAGGUGGGCGAUGCGACCAAGAAACGAGUCCGAGCGCCGAAUUCCAAUACGACUGCCGGUCGCAAAAGAAACAACACUGGCGCUUCUGCCGCAAAUUCACCUGUCCUCGCGCCGUUCCCUCUCAUUGGAACUGUUACAGCAGCUACAAUUCCUCGCAGUGCACCCAGUCCGGGCCCUGGUGCGGCGGGUCGACCGCAAUCUUCCCGAGCCCAGCAAUCCUCUACACAAUUAACCAACGGACGGCAACGGCCCUCAUCUUCUGCAUCUAACCGUGUACCGAGCUCAGGGAAACUCACCGAAACCAAAGCACCACCAAGGGAGACACCUGCCAAGACAGAAACGGUCCCUCUCCCCGAUCCCCAUCGCGAGCUAGACCCCAAUACCCUUGACGCCUCAAAGACCUCUGUGCUGCUGGCUCAACAAGAUCUAGAAGGCAAGCCCACCGAUAUAAUCGAACCGAGCGAACCACCGGUCCCUAUUGUUCCAACCAACGCUCCAAAGGGCAGGUCAUCCAAGACGUCAACCCCCAUCCUAGCUGCUGCGGAACCCGUGCAGCAGCGGGUGCGACCAACACGGAACACAGACCCGGCGCAGACGAAGCGAACUCAGAAGAAGAACGGCGCUGUGGCAGCGGUGCAGCAGCAGAUCGCAUCGGAGGGCGAGGAGUCUCUCCACGAAGGGGACGAUGAGGAUGAGGAAGGCGAGCCACGGUACUGCUACUGCAACGAGAUCAGUUUCGGUGAGAUGGUUGCAUGCGACAAUGACGCAUGUCCGCGCGAGUGGUUCCACUUAUCCUGUGUUGGACUGACGAAACCUCCUGGGCGAAAUGUUAAAUGGUACUGCAACGAGUGUAAGGAGAGUAUGCGCCGAAGUCGCAGCGGACGGUAGGGUAGAUCUACUUGAUGUGGCAGCGAUUUAGGGCAGUUUUAGAAUGGUACCGAGUACCGAGUACAUAUAAGUUGUUCAAGCAUGAAGCCAUAAAUUGUUACAGCGCGCAGAUCACAAUCACAAUCACAAUCCCAUUAGAUAGUCAUCUCCAGAAGUAAAUAUUUAAGCAUAUCAUAUCAUAUCACAUCA